GCACGCUGACACGGUCACAUGGUCGGUCUCCUUAGAACGUCUGGGAAAUAAUAUAAUUCUAGAAUUCUGAAAAAUACUUUGUGUGGUGAAAUAUUGUAGCGGGGACUUUCAGAAUCUCGAGUGCCGCGCGUGUGUUAUUUUGAGUUAUCGCGAUCGCGGCUAAGUGCAAUUAGUGCCACACAAAUUUAGUGCUAUGAAUUGGGCAAUUUCGUAAAUAAAUAUAUAUACAAAACUAGCAGCAGUGCUUUUUGUGAGUGAGAGAGUUCCAUCAGUGCUUCACUUCCAGUCGUUGUCGUCAUUGCUCCAAGAUUUUACUGCGAGAAAAACGGACAAUCUGCGGCCGCUCACAGAUUUGGAUUCGUUAAAAAACUGGAAAAAUCAGCAACAAACGCGGAGGGGGAAAACAAUCCUGAAAUCCGGCUGCAAAUGCAAUAAGCCGUCGACGUUGACAAAAGGCCCCGUCAUCGUCUAAGCCACAACACAAACGCACAGCGAAAAAGGACAACGGCAGGAGACGGCAGGAUUGCGUUCCUGUACUUUGGACACACGUGCGCCGCGGCUGCGCCGGUGCCGGUCCCGGUGCCACUGUCACUGUCACUGCCUUUGGCUCAGUAUCCAGUGUCCCUGCCCGUGUCCUUGGCAGGUCCUGAAGCGGCCACCAUGAAGCUGUCCAAGCUGUCCAACCAGACCAACUCGCAGGAUCCGCAGGCGGUCAACUCGCGCAUCUUCGUGGGCAAUCUGAAUACCUUCCAGUGUUCCAAAACGGAUGUGGAGCGCAUGUUUCAGAUCUAUGGUCGCCUUGCAGGCAUAUCCAUGCACAAGGGCUACGCCUUUGUGCAGUUCACCAACCCGUUCGAUGCCCGCAAUGCCUGCCACGGCGAGGAUAGCAAGACGGUGCUCAGCCAGACAUUAGAUGUCAACAUGGUGGCGGAACCGAAGGCGCAUCAAAUCGGAAGGAAACGACAGAAUGUGAGCAAGACCGGAAAUGAUUGGGAUUACUUCUACGACAGCUACUGCUCCUCGGCCCUGCUCCGCGGCGGCGGUGGUGGCGGCGUUGGAGUUAAUGGUGUGCGGGCCAAGAAACGGAAGCGCCUAAUGACCAACGGCGGUGGAAUGGCGGCUGCAGUGCAGCAGCAGCAGCUGCCAGGACAUGGACACCAUAGUGCGGCUGCUGUGGCGGCUGCCGUCCACCAGCAGCAGCAGCAGCAGGCGGCGCAACAGCAGCAGCAGCAGGCGCAGCAGCAACAGGCGGCUGUGGCGCAACAGCAGCACCAGCAGCAGGUGGCAGCGGUUGCCAUGGCGGCAAUGGCCAAUUUGCUGCCACAGCAGCAGCUGCUGCUGCAUCAGCAGAAUCUGCUCUCCAAUGUGGCCACCACCGCGUCCGCGGCGCCCGGUUCCCUCCACUGGUCGCAAUACAAACAGGAGCAGCAACUGCCACUGGCCCACCAUCCGCAUCCGCAUCCGCAUCCUCACCAGCAGUUCGGAUUUCAGCUGAAGAGCAGCGUGGCGGUCCAGUCAACGACAUUGCCGCAGAAUGCAAAGUCAGCAAUAAUUGCUAAUCAAACGGCGCUCGGCGAGCCGUAUCCUGUGGGAGGCUCCUUCCAUCAGCAGCAACAGCAGCAGCAGCAACAGCAACAGCAGCAACAUCAGCAACCGUUGCUGCAGCCGUUGACUCUGGCGUUGUCCCCACAGCAACCGCAGCCUCAUCAGGCGGCGACGCCACUACAAUUGCACAGCCAAUUGAUGCAGCAACAUCAACAACAACAACAACAGCAGCAGCAGCAGCAACAGCAACAUCAACAGCAGCAACAUCAACAGCAGCAGCAGCAACAGCAACAUCAAGCACAGGAGCAAUUAAGUUUGCAUCAGCAAUGGGGACCCUUCAAAGUCUACAGCAAUCCGGACACAUUAAUCUGCGGCAAUUGCCGGGAAAGCUUUGGCGAGCUGUCUGAGUUAUUGGACCACAAGAAAAGUUAUUGCAAGCUGAGGUUCACAUGCAAGUGCCAGGAUGUUGCCUUUGCGGCGAGUGCGAAGACGACGCCGCCGACGAGCGCUAAAUUGCUAUGUGCCGUUUGCAAGGAUGCGUUCGCCAAUCCCUGGGACUUGAUGGUCCACGCCCAGGCCGCUCACAUGGUUAACAUUUACGAGCUGGGCGAUGAUGAGGCGUCCAGCAAUACCAACAACAAUUGCAUCAGCAAUUCCAACAGCAACAUGGCCGCUGCAGUUGCAGUCGCCGCCGUGGAGAAUGGACAUGCAACGAUUGUCGCCGAUGAGGCGGCAGUUGCCACAAAGCAGACGCCCCCACAGAUGCCAGUGACGCCGAUGCUCAAGAAUGAGCCCAAUAACAAUAACAAAAUUAGCAACAAUAACAGCAUCCUGGAUAGCAGCAUCAAUGGCCACAUGUCGCCCUCGGCAGCUGGCAAUUUAAUGGCCACCGGAUCGGGUGAAAAUGGCAGUGCCAGCGACAUGGACACCAAUUGCCAGCUGGACAUCAAGUUCAGUCCCAGCGCCAGUGCCAGUCCCAAGGAGGUGGGUUGUCUUCUGGAUGGCAUUGCCUCUGGCCGAGCUUAUUUAACGAUUAUCUUACAGGAUCAACAUCGCGAUGAUCUCUCGCUGGAUGGACGCCUGUCCAGCAGCUCCCAGCAGACGCAUCACUCCGACGAGCUGAACGUCAAGUUGCUCAACGGAUCCGUCUCCUCGCGUGGCAGUUCACCUGGCCUGGAAGCGGACGAGCCGCCGGCCACCAGGGCUUGUAUUGUCCGCACUCUGAGCAUUGAUACUUCUGGACCAAGUGCAUCUACCACAGCCAACGCUUUGAGCCUGAUCUCCAAUGGUUUGGGCCUGGCCCUGGCACCCCAAUAGGUCAGAGGUCAAGCAGAGGGAGGGGUCCUCUCGAAGGAGUGUUUUGUGCGAUCGUAACCCAAAACAAGUGCAAUUUCUUCAGUAUUUUUAUAACAGACUAACUAAUGGGCAGGCAGUUGCCAUGGGUUUGGGGAAAUGGAGUUCAGCGGAAUGAAUAACGUAAAUUACGUAAAAACAUAUCAUUUUAAAUUAGCCAUAGGUAUGACAUACGAGCAGCUAUACAUAUAUCCUGCGGUUAGCUAUAACAAUUACAUCCAUGUAUUGUACGUAUUUGUAUUUGUAUUUCUCGUUUAACUGCCUUUGUGUUGAUGUUGUUUGCAUGUCCUUUGGGUUUAGCGUUUCAAGCGAACGUAUUUAUUUGGGUUUCAAAACGGCAAAACUGCAUAAGUGAACGUAUAGGUAAAAUUAUGAAAAGCUUAAGCUGUCACCGCCUGUCGGUGGUGCGAAUUAAACGGUAAUCGAGCUUUGUAUAUAGUUAAUACCCAUAAUUAUACAAGGAUACAAAUUACAGAAUUAUAAGAUCACUGUUGAUGAUGCCCGGUCUUUGCUUGGCCGGCGCUGGCUUUAACCGGAGUUUAUAUUUUGGAUAUUUCAUUUACGGAUUAAUCUAAUCGUAGAGAGAACCAAAAAUAUUAACCCACGCAAAUUGUAUAUCAAAAGUAGCAUAGUGACAACAGGUGUUUCAAAAACAAAUUCGGAGAAACUUGCUAUAUAUAUACAUUAUUAUCUAGUAACAUAAUCAAAUAUGCGUAAUAUUAUGUAAUACCUAAUAUCAAAAGUAGCGGCUAUGUAAAUAGGUUAAUCAACGUAUUAUGUACUUACCAAGCAAACAAUUUGUAAACAGUAACAACAUUCAAUUCAAUGUCCUCCAGCUAAAGCAUAUAAACCAACCAAAAAGAAAUGUAUUAUGCGAAU